AUGAAGGUCUCAGCCUACUUUCUUAUUCUCUCUCUUCUGUUCUCUUCAUUCUCAUCCUUUUCUUUGGCUUUAACUGAUGUUGAGGCAUCCUACAUUGCACAUAGACAACUUCUAGACCUUUCGCAGAUCAAAGAUGAGUCUGCCUAUAACCUAGAUGCUAGCUUAACUUUUGAAAACACGAGGCUCAAGAGAGCUUAUAUAGCUCUUCAAGCAUGGAAAAAAGCUAUGUACUCUGACCCCUUUAACACAACUGUAAAUUGGGUUGGUGCAAACGUGUGUGCCUAUAACGGUAUAUUCUGUUCACCGGCACGCGAUGAUCCCAAAUUGAAAGUUGUUUCUGGUGUUUAUCUUAACCAUGCUGACAUAGCUGGGUAUUUUCCGGUUGAGCUCGGGCUCUUGACUGAUCUCACCUCAUUCCACAUAAACUCUAACCGGUUCUGUGGAAUCAUCCCAGAUAGUUUCUCUAAGCUGCAACAUUUGGAAGAGCUUGAUAUCAACAACAACCGCUUCGUAGGUAAAUUUCCAAAUGCUGUUCUAGAGUUGAAUCACCUUUUUAACGUGGACAUCAGAAACAAUAAUUUCGAAGGGCCAAUUCCAGCAAAACUCUUUGAAAAGAAUAUUGAAGUUUUGCUCUUGACAAACAACAAUUUCACAUCCAGAAUCCCUGAUGAAUGUGAAUGGAAGUGUGGAAAAAUAUCACCUCCUCCUACACCAUCAAAUAGUUAUGUGCCACCUCCCACAUUCAAACCACCAACAUCAACUCCGCCAACACCUACAGCCCAAUCAUCCCCACCUCCGACUCCAUCAAAGAGUUAUACUCCACCUCCCACAUCAAAACCACCAACUUCAACUCCACCAACCCCUUCAUCCCAAGCAUCACCUCCUCCGACACCAUCAAAGAGUUAUACUUCACCUCCCACAUCCAAGCCACCAACAUCAACUCCGCCAACUCCUUCAUCAAAAGCAUCACCUCCUCUCACACCAACAAUGAGCUAUACUCCACCUCCCACAUCCAAGCCCCCAACAUCAGUUCCACCAACUCCUUCAUCCCAAGUAUCACCUCCUCCGACCCCAUCAAUGAGUUAUACUCCACCACCCACAUCAAAGCCACCAACAUCAACUCCGCCAACCCCUUCAUCACAAGCAUCACCUCCUCCGACACCGUUAAUGGGUUAUAGUCCACCACCCACAUCAAAGCCACCAACAUCAACUCCGCCAACCCAUUCAUCCCAAGCAUCACCUCCUCCGACACCGUCAACGGGUUACAUUCCACCUCCCACAUCAAUGCCCCCAACAUCAACUCCACCAACUCCUUCAUCUGAAGCAUCACCUCCUCCGACUCCAUCAAAUCCACCAGCCUCUUCAUCCCAAUCAUCACCACCUCCGACGCCAUCAACAAGCUAUACUCCACCUCCCACAUCCAAGCCACCAUCAUCAACUCCACCAACUCCUUCAUCCCAAGCCUCACCUCCUCCAACCCCAUCCAAGAGUUAUACCCCGCCACCUACGUCAACUCCACCAAGCCCUUCAUCCAAAAUAUCGCCUCCACCGGAAGAAGAAAAAACUUAUACUCCACCUCCCAUUUUCAAGCCACCAACGUCAACUCCACCAAGCCCUUCAGAACAACCAUCGCCUCCUCCUCAAGACUAUAACACUAACUCUCCACCUCCCACAUCCAAGCCACCAACAUUAGCUCCGUUGACCCCUGCUUCCCAAACAUCACCUCCACCCACACCAUCAAAUAGUUAUACUCCACCUACCACAUCGAAGCCACCAACAUCAACUCCGUCAACCCCUACAUCCCAAGCAUCACCAUCUCCUACACCAUCAAGGAGUUAUAAUCCACCUCCAAUAUCAAAGCCACCAACAUCAACUCCCCCAACCCCAAUAUCCCAAGCAUCACCUCCUCCACCACCAUCAACGAGUUAUUCUCCACCUCCCACAUCUAAGCCCCCAACACCAACUCCACCAACUCCUUCAUCCCAAGCAUUAGCUCCUCCGACACCAUCAAAAACUUAUACACCACCUCCCACAUCAAAACCACCAACAUCAACUCCGCUAACCCCUUCAUCCCAAACAACACCUCCUCCGACACCAUCAAAAACUUAUACUCCUCCUCCCACUUCUAAUCCACCAAGUCACACACCAAAGCCAUCUCAUGUCCCGACACCAUCAUUGACACCAGUUUCGGCUCCUCCUAAACCAGCCAAAGUUCCUCCAAGCCCAGCUCCAACACAAACACUAAUUUCGGCUCCUCCUAAACCUGGCAAAGCAUCUCAAGGCCCAGCUCCAACAGGAACACCAAUUUUGACUCCUCCUAAACCUGGGAAAGCAUCUUCAAGCCCAGCUCCAUCUCGAACACCAAUUCCGGCUCCACCUAAACCUGGCAAAGCAUCUCCAAGCCCCACUCCAACUCGAACACCAAUUUCGGCUCCUCCUAAACCUAGCAAAGCAUCUCCAGGCCCAUCUCCGACUCAAACACCAGUUUCAGAUCCACCUAAACCUGGCAAAGCAUCUCCCAGCCUAGCUCCAACUCGAACACCCAUUUCAUCUCCCCCUAAACCUAUCAAAGAAUCUUCAGGCCCAUCUCCGGCUCAAACUCCAAUUCAGCCUCCACAAAAAACUCCCAAGCCAUCUCCUGUCCCAACUCUGACUUUAACACCUGUUUCUACUCCUCCUAAACGAUCACCAGUCCCGGCUCCAACUCCGGCUCCCAAACAAAGUUAUCAACCUCAAAAACCUCCACAACCAUCCCCAGUACCAACUCCCGCUAAAACACCAAGUUCUCCCCAGAAACCUCCUAAGCAAUCCCCUGUCCCGGCUCCGGCUCCGGCUCCAAAACUAAGUUCUCCACCUCAAAAACCUACUCAGCCAUCCCCAGUCCCAACUCCAACUAAAACACCAAGUUCACCCCAGAAACCUCCUAAGCCAUCUCCAGUCCCCACUCCGACUCACACACCAGUUUCAGCACCGCCUAAUUCGUCUCCAAUCCCGACUCCUACUCGAACACCAAUUUCUCCACCUCAGAAACCUCCUAAGCCAUCUCCAGUCCCGGAUCCGACUCAUACACCAAUUUCAACACCUCUGAAACCGUCUCUAGUCCCAACCCCUACUCGAACACCAAAUUCUCCACCUCAAAAACCUCCUAAGCCAUCUCCAAUCCCCGCUCCGACUCAAACACCAGUUUCAGCUCCUCCUAAAUCGUCUCCAGUCCCAACUUCAACUCGAAUACCAAGUUCACCACAGAAGCCUCCUAAGCCAUCUCCAGCCCCAACUCCAGUUUUGACACUAAUUUUUGUGCCUCCUAAACCCACUAAGCCAUCUCCAGUCCCAGCUCCAACUUCUACACCGGUUUCAGCUCCUCCUAAGCCAUCUCCUGUCCCACCACCGGUUCAAUCGCAUCCACCGGCACCAACUUCUACACCAGUUUCAACUCCUUUUAAACAAUCUCCUGUCCCACCACCAAUUCAAUCACAUACACCAGUUUUAGCUCCUCCUAAGCCAUCUCAUAUCCCACCAUCUGUGCAAUCGCAUCCACCAGCACCAACACCCGCACGAUCUUUAACUCCUCCUCCUACUCACACGGUCUCUUUACCACCGCCAGGAAAUGAUGACUUCAUUCUCCCACCAACCGUGGGCUUACAAUACUCUUCCCCACCUCCGCCAAUGUUCCAAGGCUAUUAA